AUGAACCGCUACCUCUCGUCGCUUUUCGUGCUCGAUGACGUGGAUCAAAUCACUGUGACUCUGUGGGGCGACGAGGAUCCGAUCGGUGAGAAGAAGAUCGGUAACGACCCAUUUUUCCAUUUGCUUCCGAUCGGAAAUGACUGAAAUUCUCCGUUUCAGACUGGGGACAACUCGUCGACACGCGCGAUUUCAACGCGAUUCCGUUCUGCGAAGCGCCCGAUUACAUUCCGAUUAUGGACGAUAUGCGCGAGCGAACUUUCAAGGAAUUGGUACAAUUUCUAUCUUUCCCACACUUUUACCACUAGCGCCAUGUGCCGGGCGCUCGGAGCCGUGGGCCGAGUGACGAACGAAAACAUAGAGCCCCGAUUGGCGCGGCUCCAACUGAAAAUGACGGUGAUCGAGUACAGGGAGCAUCUGGAGCACUGCCGCAAAGAAUAUCCGUCCUUUUUCAUUCCGUCGAAACUGGCCCAAUCACCGGCAACUUCCUCUGCUCGCAUUGGGGACAAAUGAUGGCCAUCGAGGACGAGAACGUGCCUUCGAAAGUCGGCGAAGAUCUCGGAAAGGUACGCGAAACAAUUUAA